AGUGAUGCUCUUGCCUGUGAGGGUCUUAACGAAUAUCUGCAUAGUGGUGUCAAUGAAUAUAAAGAAUUGUCAGAUAUUUUUAAACUAAAAAAUUUAAUUUGUUUUCGACGAAGGUCUGUUCUUUGCGGAGUAAAGAUCCCAACACCCGGAUGGGUGCGGGACGAUGAUUAUCCUUGGGGGAAGGAUCAUGCAGAUUGGCUAAAAACGAAAUAUCCUUAUGUGGUCCACACCGAAGCCAAUGCCUUGAUCUAUGCUCGCCAGCACUCUCAGGGAUCCGUUUUGUAUACCACUCUUUUCCCCUGUUCUGAAUGUGCUAAGUUGCUCAUCCAGGCUGGAAUAAAACAAAUUUUCUAUGCUAGUGACCAGUAUAGCGGAAAAAAAGAGAAUGUGGCCUCGAAAAGGAUGCUAAAAGAUGUGGAGUCGACGAUGGAAUCGCUCGAAGGCAGUGAAAUGAAAAAGCGAGGUGGGCAUACUAUAUUGCAAGUUGAGCUGAGCCACGAUGCUCUUCGACACCAAGCCAUCCCUCAGCUAAUGCAUUACAGGAGACAAAAAUAG